AAUGUGGAAGAAGGAGGUGCGGCUUACCAAGCGGGUUUAAAAGCUGGAGAUCUGAUUACUCAUAUCAACGGAGAGCCAGUGCAUGGUCUUGUUCAUACGGAAGUCAUUGAGUUGUUGUUAAAGAGUGGUAACAAAGUCUCAGUAACGACAACCCCUUUUGAAAACACUUCCAUCAAGACAGGACCUGCCAGGCGAAACAGUUACAGAAGCCGAAUGGUCAGGCGCAGUAAGAAAACCAAAAAGAAAGAGAGUUUAGAGAGGAGAAGAUCUCUCUUUAAAAAGCUGGCCAAGCAACCCUCCCCUCUUCUUCACACCAGCAGAAGUUUUUCCUGCCUGAACCGAUCACUUUCAUCAGGGGAGAGCUUGCCUGGGUCUCCAACCCACAGCUUAUCGCCUAGAUCACCUACCCCAAGCUACCGCUCUACUCCUGAUUUUCCAUCUGGUACUAACUCUUCCCAGAGUAGCUCCCCUAGUUCAAGUGCUCCCAAUUCUCCAGCUGGUUCAGGACACAUAAGACCCAGCACUCUUCAUGGCUUGGGUCCAAAGCUUGGUGGGCAAAGAUACAGAUCGGGAAGACGCAAAUCAGCUGGCAGCAUUCCUCUCUCUCCUCUUGCACGGACACCUUCUCCAACACCCCAGCCGACAUCCCCUCAGCGAUCUCCAUCACCAUUGCUAGGACAUUCGAUUGGAAAUACAAAAAUAGCUCAAUCUUUUCCUAGCAAAAUGCACUCCCCUCCAACUAUUGUAAGGCAUAUUGUUAGGCCAAAGAGUGCAGAGCCACCGAGAUCUCCACUGUUAAAGAGAGUCCAAUCUGAAGAGAAACUUGCACCCUCUUAUGGCAAUGAUAAGAAACACUUAUGUUCACGAAAACACAGUCUGGAAGUGACCCAGGAAGAAGUGAAUAGAGAAUUGUCCCAAAGGGAAGUGACUCUUCAGAGCUUGGAGGAGAAUGUAUGUGAUGUGCCAUCACUCACACGAGUCAGGCCUGCAGAGCAGGGCUGCUUGAAACGACCCAUCUCUCGAAAAUUAGGUAGACAAGAAUCCAUCGAUGAGCUAGACAGAGAGAAGCUGAAGGUCAAGAUAGUUAUGAAAAAGCAAGAUUUUGCUGAAAAAGCAAAUGCUGCUGUACAUGAACCUAGCAGUGAACCAGAAAAUCCCAAUACCUUAAGAUUGGAAGAAAGAGACAAAAAAGCAUUCCAGAAGGUAUUAGAAAGAUCAAAUCAGUUUGAAACAAAAAUUGUUACUUUGGAGACCCAGUCAGCUGGUGGCAUACUCAAAGACACCCUUCAAAAGAAUGCAAACUUGAGAUCAAAUGAUGGUGUUGCUUUAGAUGCACAGAUGUUGUGUCAUGGGCCUCCGUCUAAUGAACUCAGUCAUAUUUCUUAUGACUUCAAAAGAAUUUCCCCUCCGUGUACACUGCAAGACGUGCUACCUCAGUCCUCUGACAAGAUGCUAAAUGGAAAGGGGGAAAACACAGAUAAAAAUGUACCAACAAAAGAAUUUGUCAAAUUUGAAAGAUUAGAUGGUAAACUUGCAAAUAUUGAUUAUCUUAGAAAGAAAAUGUCCAUUGAAGAAAAAGAUGACAGUGUCUGUCCAGUGCUAAAACCCAAAUUGACAUCAAAUGUUCAUGAAUGCCUUCAACUUAAUACAGGCAGACCACCCAUAAACAUACAGCAAGACUCCACUGCAGUGGCCGAUGGUAGAGCAUUUAUUGGCAGUGCACAUGCUGCUCAGAUUAACUCAGUGUCUUUUGUUCCUCUCAAGACCUUGAAUGGUCGAGCGGACAUGAGUGUGGAAAAAUCAGUCCUUAUUUCCACUGAGGCUCCUGUCAGAAAAAGUCCAUCAGAAUAUAAACUUGAUGGGAGGUCUGUUUCCUGUUUGAAGCCAAUAGAAGGCACACUAGACAUUGCCUUACUUUCUGGGCCACAGGCUUCGAAGACUGAACUGCCUUUGUGUGUGCUGCCAGAAGGACAGAGCACCAGCAGUAAUGGGGGACCUCCUAAACCCCCAGCACCACAAGGGAGUGGUGGGAAGGCAGAGCUGGCCUGUCAGAAAGAGCAGUUGUCAAGCUAUUCAAAAUCUGGCAAAGUCAAUGUAUCAGAGCCUCAGGCUCUGCAAACAAGCAAGAGUUCUCCACAUCCACCAGUCAUCCCUGUGGCUGCAGAAGUAGUGGCAGAGAAAAAGGUUUCUAGUCCUGCUACUAAAGGCAGUAUUUCUGUUAUUGAAGCUGUUCAAAAGAAAGACACCUCCCUUUCAAAACAGAAGGACAAUUCAAUGGAGGCAAAGUCUUGCGUUAUGCAAAGUCAGAGUGUUAAACCUACUCAAACAUACUCCAAACUUUCUGCUGUACAAAGCACUCCUGAAAAAGCUGUAGGAAAAGAGAAGCAAAUACAAAAGGAAUUGCCUGCCAAACAGCCAGUAGCCCAGAGAAGUUGUGAGCCUAUCCCUGCAAAGGUGGAGGUGAUCAGGGAGUCAUCUCUGAAGGUAUCUGUCUCGGAUGUCCAGAUAACGAGCUACUCCAAAAGCAAUGAAAAAAAUUGUGCUGAUUUUGCCAUUCCACCUCAGAUGCAAGGAAAAAUGCAGGCAGCUGGCCCCAGGGCACAACCUAAGGAUGGCAGAGAAUCACUGAAACAGCUAGGCAAAGAUGACAGCAGUGUUGCUAGUAGUUUUGUGGAAAGGGAAAUAACCAAGCAGAAAGUUCUGAGUGAAUCUAAGAAAGUUAUCUCAGAGUCAAAGAGCGAAGCUCUUCCAUCCAAACAGCUCAUGCAACCCUUAGUAGAUUGUGAUCCUAAAAAUGAGAAAUCUGCACCGUUUUCCUCUGUGCAGAAAGACAAUGCCAAAGAUUUAGGAAAGAAAGAUCAGAAACAACUCACUGACAUAAGGCUUCAAACUACUGAGAGAGAGCAGUCCAGCCAAGUUCCUCGUCAGCAACUUAACGCUUCAGGCUCCCCUGCUGUGAGAGACACUGUAAGCAGAAACUGUGCUGUAGAUGUUCACGUAGGUGUUCAAGAACAUGUGAAACCUGCUGCCACCUAUGUGGAAAGCAGCAGUAAACAGAGGCCAGUCUCCGAUACAAGUUCCUCUAAGUCUAAGUACUUGGAUAAACAGAUAUUGUCACAAAAACCAUGCACUCCAACCAUAAAAGAAAAAGAAACAAUUAUUCAGGUGUCUACCAGCUCCCGGAAAGAUGGGAAACAUGCCAGUAAAAAUGUGCUAGAUCCCCUUUCUUCUGUUUCAGGCUCUGUGAGAAAAACAAGCAAUGAACAUGUGCAGGCCGAAAGGCCUGUGAGUUUGGAGCAUGGCUCAGUAGCCACCCUCCAAAUGAGCAGCAUCACUCCUGACACCAAACCCAAAUCCUCUGCUGUCAGCUCGGUACCAGCAGGCCCAGAGAGUUCUAGGCAGAUGCAGAGGCAAGAACCAGCAGGCUUGGGGGAAUCUGCUGAUCAAGAGCAACUUCACCUCAGUGAAAAACAAACCGUGUCUCCAAAGUUUUCCACUGUGAAAGACUGUCUCUUUCUGAGCAAACAGGCAGACAGAAGUCCUAGUAACCAGAUGAUCUCUGCAGACAAAAGACCCGAAGGAAAAAUAUGCACUGAUGCACUUUAUGUUCAACUUGACAGUGGGAAAGUAGAGCCUACCCUUUGCCUCGCAAACUGCGAUGCCAGAGGGAAAGGAGCAGAAAAAGCGACCGCAAGUAGCAAAAGCUCUCAAGAUUCAAAAGGGAAAGCACAAGUUAAUCAAAAACAGCCAGAGGAUGCAAACAAGCAGAUUGCAACAAAACAUUUGUCAUCUGGCAGCGGGCAGAGUUCUUGUCGCGUGGCUGCAACACCAGGAAAGCCACUGACUUGUUCAGCCAAUUUCUCUGAAUGUAGACAAGAAGCAUCUGUUUUGUCUUCAGCGAAGAGUGAUGCAUCUUCAGCAAAGGUUAAAGCAGGCUCACCUGAGCUUCCUGCAACCUGCAAGGAACUAAGUAAGAAAAGCACCUCUUCCGCAGGGAGCGAUAAGGCAGAAAUAACUAAAAGUGUUUCAUUGAUGGCCUUGCACAGUGCUCCUGUUAUAGCAGAAACCCACCACCCUGCUUCAAACCUUGGGGGGAAACCUGGAAAUCAAGAAAAGUCUUUUUUUGUUAACACUGUGGAUGUAAAGGGAAAAGAUGCCGUUCAGGCUCAGCAGUCUGCUUCAAGAAAACAGAAUGUAGGUAAAGAUUUAUCCAGGUCAGCAACCACACCUGACCGCCCUAACGCACUUUCUAAUGACAAAGACUCAGCUCGGCAGCGGCGAGGAAAGGAAGCUUCACGGAGCAGUCCUCACAAAAAAUCCUGUUAA